AUCGCUUUCUUUUGCAGACAGUUAUGCUCGUGAGGUGCCGGUGAACAGUCGCUUGAAGUGAUGUCAUUUUGCAACGGUUGGUAUUCCGUCCUGAUAUGGUUGACCGGGUUCUGUUCUAUCUGUUUGUUGAUCUACAUUUGCACAUUUAAGUCCUACCUCAAAGGUAUACAGGGAACAAUCUCGCAGCUGGUGUUCGCCAUUCCACAGGCCGUUCCGAACUCGAAAGCAGUCCACAAUACGACUGUUUUUGUGAUAGAUGUGGAAUCCAACGAGGACUGGCAUCCAGAGGGUUAUUUGAAGAACCCAACUCUGAAUCUUGAGGCAAUAGUCCGCUCAGGACACCCGAAACCCAUCAAAACUGGACCACUCAUUUCGGAUAGCUGGAGUACUAUGUUGAUUCGUGAUACAAAAGAAGAAUGUUUUACCAUUUAAA